AUGUCGCCUGCACUGCGAAAAACGUUAUCCUUACUCUCGCGCUUGUUAUCUGUUUCGCUAUCUGUACUGCUAUGUGCUAGUCUUUUCGAUCUCGCAAUUGCCUCGGCACCGCCGAAUCCGUAUCCCCCAGGCCACAGGUCAAGUUCAGAUCCGCUCGAGGUGGACUUGGGGUAUGCAACGUAUCGCGGGGUAGCCAGUGGAUUGAAUGAAUGGUUUGGAAUUCGUUACGCUGAAGCGCCGAUUGGACCUUUGCGUUGGCAGCGCUCUCUUGCACCUACACCGACCAGUAACGGCACUGUUAUCAAUGCUACUACCGCAGCAUCAAUUUGUCCCCAGGCGCCUCAAUAUGCUACCAGAACGCCGACGCCAUUCUCUCCCUCUUCAAGAGAAAAUGAAGACUGUUUGUUCUUAAAUAUGUGGGCGCCGCCAAAUGCGACGAACCUGCCAGUUCUUGUCUGGAUUCACGGAGGAGGAUAUGGCGGAGGUGACGCCGAGUACGACAUGCCUUUCAUGAUAAACAGUUCUAAAGAGAAGUUCAUCGGCGUGGCAAUUCAGUACCGACUUGGCGCGUUCGGCUGGCUGGCAUCUGAGGAUGUCAAAAAGUUUGGAUCUCCGAAUGCAGGCUUGUAUGACCAAUAUCUUGCGCUGCAAUGGGUGCAUAAUUAUAUCUCCCUCUUCGGUGGAGAUCGAUCCCAGGUCACAAUUGCAGGAGAAUCUGCGGGUGCUGGCUCGGUUAUGUUGCAUUCAAUGGCGUUUGGAGGGACACUUAAAGAGAGUUUAUUUAGCCGGGUUUGGGCGGCGAGUCCAUAUCUUCCCCAACAAUACAGCUAUGCCGACGCUGUUCCUUCGCAAGGGUACUAUAGAUUUGCCGAGGAGGCUAAAUGUUUCAACAGUACCUCUUCAAAGUCGACUGAGCACGUUUUCCAGUGUCUAGUCAACCAAGAGUCUGAGGUCCUGCAAAAUGCCUCUUACACCAUCAGCACCACCUACAAAUUCGGCGAAUGGGCUUUUCUGCCAGUGACAGACGGCGAUAUACUAGAGGAACGACCAAGUAUCCAGCUCACCAGUGGAAAGGUCAAUGGAAAGCAGGCAUUGAUAGGUAACAAUGCCGACGAGGGAGAGAUGUUCACACCGCAAAACGUGACUUCAGAGAAGGACUUUAUUGAUUUUGUUCAUUGGCUGUUCCCACUGUUCGAUGAUGUCGAUGUUCAGAAAGUGUUGGAACAUUAUCCAAUUGCCACAACCAAAGCUGUGGACGAUAUUAGGUUCGCGACAGAUGGAACCGACAACUACUCAACUGCAGUGACUGAAAGCCCCUUUGCAACUGGACAGCAACAGCGGGCUAAUAACUUAUAUGCAGAAACAACAUUUGUUUGUCCUGCACAAUGGAUGACCGAAGGUUUUAGCACCGAUGGUCACGAGAGUCACAAAUAUCAAUACUCUAUCAUUCCGGCCCUGCAUGGCGACGAUCUAUUUGCAUACUUUAACUUUUCUGGUUCGCUGCCUGACAAUAUGGGUCAACCUUUCAGAGAUUCCGUUGUUUCAUUUAUAAACAGCUUCGUCGUCACUGGUACCCCGACAACACAAGGCGUCUACAACUCCACUGUUCCCAGUGACACCGCUAACCUGCUGGGCUCGUGGCCAGCAUACAGCCGCGAAAAACCAGUUCAGGCGAAUCUGAAUCAAACUGGCGGCAUUCUCACGACAGGAACUGAUCCGAGAGAUCCAUUCGAUUAUCAAAUCCAGAUGUAUGUGAAUCCUGGCCUGCAGCCAAAGUUUGACUUGGUGGAUGCAUACACCUGGGAAGGCGGGAGAGGCGCUAGAUGUGAUUUUUGGAAGACCGUAGGCACGAAAGUGCCUGAGAAGAGAAGCUGAGACAAGACCGCAUAUCUGUACAUAAAGUACAAUGUAAAGAAAUGGAAUUUCAUAUGCAACUACCGCAUCAUCAUACAGCCAUUCAAUGGGUCGAGGAGAGAUUAUCCUAUAGAAAAGAUGUCACGUGCAGCAUUCAAAUCUAUCUAUGAUUUACAACUGUCAGC